AUGAUCCCGCACAAUGAUCUUGAUACAUUAGAACUCAGCUGGUGGCCCGGACUUGGUGAAUUUUGCCAAGCCACCGGUGAGGAAGGCUCAACCAAGACUGUCAAGAAGGCCUCUCGCGUUGUGAUCGAGAAGUACUACCCCCGUCUUACUCUUGAUUUCCAAACCAACAAGAGAAUUCUCGAUGAGGUGUCCAUCAUUCAGUCCAAGCGUCUUCGUAACAAGAUUGCUGGUUUCACCACCCAUUUGAUGAAGCGUAUCUCUCGCGGUCCCGUUCGCGGUAUCUCCUUCAAGUUACAGGAAGAAGAACGUGAACGCAGAGACAACUUCGUUCCCGACGUUUCUGCUUUGGACACCUCCGUCAUUGAGGUUGAUCCCGAAACCGAGGAAUUGCUCAAAUCUCUUCACUUUGAAAACCUUCCUGGUGUCAAGGUGACCGCUCCCGUCACUGGCUUCAUUCCCAAGGACAACCGUCGCCGCGGUGACAACCGUGGUCCCCGCAAGGUCCAAGAGUCUGCCUAAACAUUGCAGCUUCUAGUGUCAUCUCUAGGAACCCUAUAAAUAAAUAAAUAAAAAAGGAUCCUAGCUUGCUUUUUACAUAUCAUUCAUGGUUUUUUCAAAAAUAUAAACGUAAUAUCAUUGCACUCCAUCGUA